UAAACCACUCUGGAUAUCUUUUUUAUAUUUAAGCAUUUUUAUUUCAUUUACAUUUCUUGAACUUUGGAAGGAUACUGCUUGAAGCUGCAAGUUUCUUUGAAUCAAAUUAAUACUUGUUCAUAAAAUAAAUUGCUGAGUCUGUUUCCUGGAAAGCAUAUCAUGGAAAACAUUGGAGAAGUUAAUUUGUUCACCCUACUAUAGUCCGACCCCUUAGCCCCUUUCCCCCCCCAGCUUGGCCUGAGAUAGUGGUUCAGGGUGAGGUACAAGAACUUGGAUAAGAAAAGAAAUGAAGCAAUUACUUCACUAGGACAAGGAUUUCCUACCCUAACUGUUUGAAUCAAAUUUUCUGUAUUGGAUCUCAUCUUCCUAUGGAUUCCCAUUUAAAAAUUCAAGUUUUGGAUGGCAACGUAUUAAAGAAUUCCUUGGUACCUUAUCUUCCUUCCCAUGUCUAGACUAUCUUCAUCAAAGGCAUUGUUGGGUAUAUUAGAUCCUUUUAGAUACUUGGUGUUUAGACCUUUCUAUUUUAGUUUAAUCCACUUACAUAAUAAGUUAUUCUAACUAUUCAUUUCUUUGCUUAUAGAGAAAGAUUUUCUUGAAUUUUGUUUUUCUUUUGGUUUGUGAUUCUUGGGAUCGUUGAAUUUUAAAACAUGGUUUUGUAGCUGCUGAUUGGGCUGCUCUGCUUGUGUUAUCUAAGGUGGGAAGCAUUGGAAUGAGACCCUGCCCCCCAAGAUCUGGGGGCAGUCUUUUUCAGGGCCGUUAUGUACGUUCUGUUCCGCUAUUCAAAGUCCCCUGUGGAUUCUGGCUCCUGGUUCUUUUGCCUACUUGCAACAUAGAUAUGCCUUGUGAAUUGAACUUGCCCAAUCAAGACCUCGUGUUUAAGAUCUUAAUUAAUGCUGAUUGGUUGAUUGUAUUACCAACAGUUAGAUGGUGCAGUGGGUAGAGUGCCAGGCCUGAAAUCAGGAAGAAUUGAGUUCAAAUUUGGCCUUAGAUUUGUCACUUAACCCUAUUUGCCUUAGUUUCCUUACCUGUAAAGUACGUUGAGAAGGAAAUGGCCAGCCACUCUAGCUAGUGUCUUGCCAAGAAAAACCUAAAUAGGGAUCAUGAAGUGUUGGACAGGACUGACUACUGAACAACCAACAAAUCUAACUCUAAGCUUUUAAGAGUCCAGGCCCAUUAUUUGCUGUGCGACUUUGGGCAAGUGACUUAUCUGGACCCAUUUGCCACAGGAAAUUGGAGAAAUUUCUUCCGUGAUCCCUCUAGCUGGUGGGUGAAAAACUGUUUUCUGAACCUUCUUAUCAUGUAUGCUUUUUCUUGGUGACCUCAUUAGUUCUAUGCAUUUGAUUAUUAUCUCUGUGCAGAUUAUACUCACAAUUUAUAUAUCUAGCCCUAAAGCCAGUUCUGAACUCAAAUCACACCAUAAAUUUACCUUGUCAAAAACAACUCAUUAUAUUUUCCCCCAAAUCACCAUUCUAUCAAGCUUCCCUAUUUCUGUUAAUAGUAACACCAUUCUUUCCAUCUCCUUCAUCCUAUAUAUCUAGUAAUUUACCAGAAUUUGUGAUUUCUGCCUUUACAUUUGAAUUUGUCUUUUUCUCUGCUCACAGUGUGAAUUUUAAAAAUUCUCAGACCCUACUUCAGAAGAUUUGGUUAAGACCAUUCCCCAUUUUAAACAAUGAAGGGACUUAGUUAGGAAUGUGAGAACUCUAUUCCACCCAUACUUAAGCAUACUUUAGGGGAAGAUAAAGUUGUAAACUCUUUACUGAACAAUUAAAAAGUACUUAACUCCUACUUAUAGUGAAGCAAAAGCCUUAAGCUAAGUCUAUUUUUAGGAAGGUGCUAAGUACCUAUGAAGGUCAGGCAACUUGCAAACUUGUAAGGGGCAAAGAGGUGUGAACUUAAUCAAAAGUUUAGUCUACUCAGGUGUGAAUUACUCAAAAGUUUAGUCUACUCAGGUGUGAAUUAAGAAUGGUCUGUCCUUUGGAAAACCUACUGUGAUUGGUAGAUGUGAGAACUUAGGGGAGGUGACAUAGGAAAAAAUUCUCUUUAAAAGGAGGUCAGAAAAGGCCUCUAAAAGAUGCAGUUUGCCAAAGCUGAAUUGAAGCUCGGACUAGUUGGAGUAGCUGGAUCUCUCUGAACACUAGAAACUUGCUUGGGACAAAUCUUGUGAUGUCCUGGAGACUGUGAGACCUAGAGAAGUUAAACCAUUUGUCUGGGGUUACAAAGGGAACUUUCAGUUGAAUUCUCAUCUCUCAACACUGGCAAAUAUUCACAAGAUUUAUCACACCCUUAAUAAGCUGAAUUUAACAGAAGACGUUGGGCAAGACGAUCACCAGACAGGUGAUAAAAGAAGAAAAUUCAUUUUAAAAAAGCAUCAAGCAGUCCACAAACUGGAAGGAAGAAACAUGCUUACUAAAGUAUUUGCUGCUGUCAUGAAGGGAUGAUGGACACUGAGUCCAAAUGCAAGAGGAAGUCUUCGAUCUUGCAGUUCAUCAGACUGCGUUAGCAAAGUGAUGCCACCAAGGAAAAAGAGAAGACCUGCUACUGGAGAUGAUUUAUCUGCAAAGAAAAGUAGACAUGAUAGCAUGUAUAGAAAAUACGAUUCAGCUAGAAUAAAGACUGAGGAAGAAACAUUUUCAAGUAAGAGAUGCUUAGAGUGGUUCUAUGAGUAUGCAGGUACUGAUGAUGUUGUAGGUCCUGAAGGCAUGGAGAAAUUUUGUGAAGACAUCGGAGUAGAACCAGAAAAUGUCGUCAUGCUUGUACUAGCAUGGAAAUUGGAUGCCCAGAAUAUGGGCUAUUUUACAUUACAAGAGUGGUUAAAAGGAAUGACAUCUCUGCAAUGUGAUUCAACAGAGAAAUUAAGAAAUUCUUUGGAUUACUUGAGAUCAUUAUUAAAUGAGCCUGCAAAUUUCAAACUUAUUUACCGAUAUGCAUUUGACUUUGCACGGGAAAAGGACCAGCGAAGCCUAGACAUCAAUACUGCCAAAUGUAUGUUGGGACUGUUGUUAGGGAAAACCUGGCCCCUUUUCCCAGUAUUCCACCAAUUCCUAGAGCAAUCAAAAUAUAAAGUCAUAAACAAAGAUCAGUGGUGCAAUGUGCUAGAGUUUAGCAGAACAAUUAAUCUUGACCUUAGCAACUAUGAUGAAGAUGGAGCAUGGCCAGUUUUGUUGGAUGAAUUUGUGGAGUGGUAUAAAGAGAAACAGAUGACAUAGGAAUUUAACUAUGCACAGCAGCUCAAGAGUCCCUGUUAGCACAGUUCUGUCAACCAUUAGCCAUAAAUUGCUGUUUGUAUCAAAGCGCAUGCUGCUUUUCUCGCACAGUGUCCCUUCUGCAGGGAAGUUGUGGUGUUUGCUAUUUAACAAGCCUAUGACGCUUGCUGUGUGGCAUUGUCCUCUUUGAAGGCUGCUUUGCAUUUUGUAUUUACACUACAGAUUGGUGAAUUUGCCAAUGUCUUCACUGUGAUUAUGUGUAUAUUGCUGUUUAAAUUUUGUAUAUGUGUAUAAAAAAAGCUUCACCUAGAGAUUAUUUCUGCAGAAAUGUAUUGUAAAAAUAAUUUUGUGGCACAUUUUCGUCACUUUUUUCAAAUGAAUCUUUUAUUUCUUUAUUUGGUCUCAAAUGUAGCAUUUCCGAAAACAAGACUAAAGAAAUCUUUGGACAUUUUUGCCAUGAGCAGCCAUUGCCAGUAUAACAUUUCUGUUUAAGAGGUCAGUUUUUUGAUAGGGGAAUGAGUGCCAUUUAUUCCUUCAGCAGCACAUGCCAAAUGUACUUAGUUUUAGUUAAAAGUAUUGGCCUUUUAAAUGGUUAAUUAUUUGGAUACAGAGUUGUAACAUGCCACAGAUAAUUUCUAUUUGAUAUGUGUUGGUUUUUUUUAAACAAACUAAACAUUUUUUUUUAUGUUUAAAAAAACCCUGUAGUAUUUUAGAUAGUGGUAAAAAUCAGCAAAUUAAAAAUGUACUUUUACAAAAAUGAGAUUUAAAUUCCUUUAAAUUGCCUUUGGCAUGCACCUAUCCUUCCUCCUCAGCCCUCUCUUUUCUUUUGGCUUAUGAAGAAUGUUCAGGCAUCUAUUGUUUCCUAAGCUACUAAAACUAAAAUUUAUGUUCUCCUCACUCAAAUACUAAUGAUUUGUUGGCAAUCACAAUUUAUCAACUCCAGCCAACUGGGGGUCACGGUUUGAAUUUUUAGUUAAGCUUUCAUAGUGUCUAAUUUUCGGUUUCUUAUGUAAUUAAAGAACUACAUUGAAUAGCAGGGAUUUGUUUUUCCUUUUCUUUCCUGCUGGGUUUUUCCUGGCAAAAUGUUCAUUGCAGGCAAUGAAUAUGAAACCACCAGCAUUGAGUUAAAUAGACAAUAUCUUUUACAUUGGGACCACUUUUUUUUUUUGGAUGACUAAGUAAUUUGUACAGGAAAGAUUUAGCCCAAAUGAGGAAAACUAAAGAAUGGAAUGGUAUAUUAAGGUUUGCAUUUUAUGUCUUGUUUUCUUUGCCUUUCCCUUCCUUAGGAAAUGUAUUGUCAACACCAACACUUCUUUCUUCAGUAUAUUUGGUGCUAUUAAAUAAAUAAUGCAGUCCCUAAGGUUUUUUGAAAACAGAAAAUGUUAUGGUUGUUUGACAAGUAAGAAGCUAUUGGUGCAUUUGAACAAAUGAAAUGAAUGUAGCUAUUAUUAUGUAGUAUGAGCAGAAUCUAAGACCAUGCAAGUAAUUGGAAGCCAUUUGAACUUGGUCAAAAUUUGUGAGAGGUUCUUCUUCUCCCCCUACUCCCAACCUUAGAGUAAAUGAAAAAUUUUUGAGUUCUAUGAAAUGAGAAAAAACACACAGGCAUGCUCCUCCACACUACCGUGUCAUAGUUUCUCUAACAGUAUCCAGGAUUUCAGGUUUUAUUUGAAUUUUCCCCCCUGUUCUAAUUCAACCACCAAAGAUAGAAAUUACAUAUGUAUAUACAAUGGGUGUGCGUGCAUAUACAAAAUCACAUCAUGGUAAAAAUAAAAGUGUACUACCUUUCCCUACCAAAUAGAAAUGUUUGGUCUGCUGUGAGAAAAACAUGUAGUGUCAAAAGCUCUAGAAUUACUACACAUACUUGAAUGCUAUGCUCACAUUUGGACAUUUUUUGAGUGCCAAUUUGCACAAGAUAAUAACUGAGUGAAUUAGAAAAUGUUUGUGGCAAACAACCACUAUUAAAUUCAAUAUUUUGAAAGGAUUUUAGUGUAAAUGUACAUAUUUCAGUGGUGAUAUCCAGAGGGAAGAUAGUAUAUAGAGUACUGUUUUGAUUUGUUUUAAUCCCAUUUACAAAUAAACCACAUUUUAGGAGUAAUGUGUCAUAAAUUUGAUUAGUUGUGGUUUUCUUUUUAAAAAGUAACAGCAAACACAAAGACUACGCUUGUUUUAUUUUUAUUUUUAUUUUUUGAUAUCACUAAGAAUUUUCAAAAGAAUUAUACUAAAUGGCACAGGUUCUCUCAGAAUAUAAAGAUUGUUGCAAAGGAAACAUUGCAUUACAUGAAUAAUUAAACUUUUUAGCAAUGGAGGAUGGAACCUGAGAAAGCCAUUGAUAAUGUCUGAUAUUAAAAAUAUGAAUCUCAAGGUGGGGCUACCAAAAUCUACAUGCUUGGAAAAUCUUGAAUGGUUUUCAUUUUGCAGAUUUUAAACUUUUUUAAAAAAUAUGUCUAUGGGAUUAUUUGAUUGAUUCCUUAUCUCCCCCCACCCCUUUUCUGUUUUAAUGUAGUGGUUUUAGCAGUAGAGAGAGGGAUUAGAGGGAUGGGAUGCUUAGACUUUUUUUUUUUUUAGUCUCUGUCUACUUAUCUCUAGACUAGGUUGAUAUUGUAUCAUAAACAUCAUCAAAUGGUUAUUUAGUGGCUUGGGCCAAAAAGAUUAGUAUAUUUUUCUUCCCAAGUUUUUCCAUUUCCAACAAGGUUCUCUACCCUUUCUUCCUAAUAAUAUUUGAACACUACAAGUGCUCACAGUGGAGUGGAAUGUAAAGUUUAGAUUUAUAUUACUACAGUGGUUGGUCAGAGGUUUCAUUAUUUGAUUCUUUAAAAAACACCUGCUGAAAUAUGUGUCUUUUUGAAGCAUGAGCUAAAAGUUAAAUAUUGGGGGGUUUUUUGUAACCCUGAGUAGAAAAUCUUUACACUUUUGUUCAACUUAACAUUUUUUUGACCUCAUUUCUAUUUUAACUGUACUUUUGAAGUUUAUACAGAAAGCUUUAAAAAUUAGCUUGUCCCCCUAAUUUUAUUUCUUACAACUGCUAAAAUACCUCUGUAAGCCUUAUCCUUUCAUAUGUUGUAUGAUAAAUGUAUAGAAUUCAUCCUCCAACUGAACUGUUGGUUGUCUGUAAGUGAGACCAAAAUGUGGGUUGAUUUUUGUCACAAAAUAAUUUCUACUGGAGGUUACUGCUUGUUAUACAGACAAACAGCUAACCUGUAACUGUGAAUGCUUUUAUGUCUUCAGUAUUUGCAUUACAUACAUGAGGUGUACAAGUCUUGUGAUUCACCGCUUAACUUGAAAUACUGUCAUGCCACCUAACAGGACUUCAGCAGGUUGGUUUUAGGUUUUAAUGGAGUUGAUGUAAAAUGGUAUUCCCACAAAUAAAAAGAAUUUGUGUUUGGUUUCAGAAA